CCGGGGAAGACCGGGAACCACCGCCGAGGCGGUGCCGAUGGGCGUCAUGGGGACGGAUUUGGGGGCGCUCGCUCUCAAGUACACCGGGAUGUCGCUGUCGGUGUCGGACUACGACUCCAUCGUCGCCAUGAACAUCUUCGUCGCGCUCCUCUGCGGCUGCAUUGUCUUCGGCCACCUGCUCGAGGGGAACCGCUGGGUCAACGAGUCCACCACCGCGCUCGUCAUGGGGCUCAUCACUGGAGGCGUCAUCCUGCUCGUCACCAAUGGGGUCAAUUCGCGCAUUCUUGUCUUCAGCGAGGAUAUAUUCUUCAUCUACUUGCUCCCGCCCAUCAUCUUUAACGCUGGGUUUCAAGUAAAGAAAAAACAGUUCUUCCGCAAUUUUGCAACAAUUACUUUGUUUGGGGCUAUUGGGACAUUGAUAUCCUUUGUAAUAAUCAGCCUUGGUGCCAUGGGAUUGUUCAGCAAACUUGAUGUUGAUCCACUCCAGCUUGGGGACUAUCUUGCAAUUGGUGCUAUCUUCUCAGCAACAGAUUCUGUUUGCACCUUACAGGUGCUUAACCAGGAUGAAACACCCCUACUCUAUAGUCUGGUUUUUGGUGAAGGUGUUGUUAAUGAUGCUACAUCUGUUGUGCUAUUCAAUGCAAUUCAAAACAUUGAUCUUGAUCAUUUCGAUGCUUUUGUUCUACUACAACUUAUUGGAAAAUUCCUCUACCUACUUUUCACCAGUACUGUUCUUGGAAUAGCUGUUGGGCUGCUCAGUGCCUACACUAUUAAAAAACUUUGUUUUGCAAGACACUCAACUGACAGAGAAGUUGCUAUCAUGAUGCUCAUGGCAUACCUUUCGUAUAUGCUGUCAAUGCUGCUGGAUCUGAGUGGUAUUCUCACCGUGUUCUUCUGUGGAAUAGUAAUGUCGCAUUACACUUGGCAUAAUGUGACAGAAAGCUCUAGGGUUACUACCAAGCAUACUUUUGCAACCUUAUCAUUCAUUGCUGAACUAUUUCUUUUUCUCUACGUUGGGAUGGAUGCAUUGGACAUUGAAAAAUGGAGAUUAGCUAGUAGCAGCCCCAAAAAACCAAUUGCUUUAAGUGCUAUUAUAUUGGGCCUGGUUAUGUUGGGAAGAGCAGCAUUUGUAUUCCCUUUAUCUUUUAUAUCCAACUUAAGUAAAAAGGAGGCCCGUCUGAAGAUUUCCUUGAGACAACAGGUAAUAAUAUGGUGGGCAGGUCUUAUGAGAGGAGCAGUUUCAAUUGCACUUGCUUACAACAAGUUUACAACAUCUGGUCAUACUGCAGUGCGGGUAAAUGCUAUCAUGAUCACUAGCACAGUCAUUGUUGUUCUGUUCAGCACAAUGGUUUUCGGCUUGCUGACUAAGCCUCUGAUUAAUCUCCUCAUCCCACCAAGGCCUAGCAAUACAGCUGAUGGCUCAAGCCAGUCAUUCCUUGACCCGCUUCUGAGUAGCUUAUUGGGCUCCGACUUGGAUAUUGGCCAAUACCCCCCUCAAACCAACCUUCAGCUUCUUCUCACCAUACAAACACGCUCUGUUCAUCGUGUGUGGCGCAAGUUCGAUGAUAGGUUCAUGCGCCCGAUGUUCGGGGGACGAGGGUUUGUACCGUUUGUGCCUGGUUCGCCGGUGGAGCGGAGCACCCAUGGGCCUGGCCUGGGUAGCCUGGGCACUGUGACAGAGGCAGAGGCAGACGACCAUAGCUGAGUUGAAGCUUAGAAAGUGCAAGUUUUUUUGUGUGUAAAUGUUCAGAUACCACACAAUUUUGUUCUUCGAGUUUGUUGACGUAUUUGUUGGUGUACCUUGUGCAGAUAGUUUAUACAAUUACUUAUGGAAGGUGAUUAAGUAGUUUUCUGGGGCAAUUCCAGAUGUACAUUUUGCCUGUAAAUUUCAUUGUUGCUCAGAUGUAACAAUCAGAUGUUGGAUAUUAGUAUUAAUAUGUAUUAAAUUACAGGUUGAAAACGAGAAUUUACUUUUGGAAAA